GUACACAUCCCCGUAUGACGCAAAAGCCGCUUGGAAAAAUGUGAGGUUAUGUUUGAUGUGUUGACAAAUUUUGACAUGCAAUAAUCCACUUUGCCAACUGUCAGAAUUUUCCGAUUUUCCUUGUUGGUGGUAAUCGUUUGGUCCUUGUCGCCCUUGCUUUCCCUUGUUCCCAUUUUCUGGCCGGGAGCAAGCUGGGUUGACCCUGAGUUUCCUGGCUGUUGGGAUGACACAGUGACAAUGACACGGCAUUGGCCCACUUUGGGGGAUCGUUUCAAAUAACUUUUGGAUGCCUAGAGCUAUCCAGUUUGUUACAGUGUCUCUGUUCAUUUGAAACCGUCGCAUUGAUUUUACUCUCCUGCAACUUAUAAAGCCAGCAGCUUCACUAUGACUUCUGCAAGAGGCUUCAAAGUAACUGAUGCAGAAAGGAAGACAAGGGUAGGAAUUGCAGUAAAAACUCUCGAUGAACUGAGGAAGAAAACUGUUGAGAAAUUCAAACUGAAAUAUCCUCCAUCUACUAUUGAUUUCCAAAUGCAGGAUGGUACUGUGAUAGACUCAGAAGAGUACUUUCAGACCUUGGCAGCUCAAACCCUACUCAUUUGGAUUAGAAAGGGGAAUAAAGCUGAAACUGAUGCUGAGAUGCUGUAUAAGAUUAUUAGGGAGGUGAAUGAUGAGUAUUUGACAACUGGAGAAAAGAUUCAGGAUUUUUUCACAGAAAAAAUGAAAAAUAAAAUUUUUAAACUAGCUGAAGUGCUUCGUGGUAUAAGUGGGGACAAGGUUAAGCUGAGCACUAGGACUGAAGACCCUGAAUGGUUUGAAGGCCUGGAUACCAGUGUGAAAACAAAAGAAGCCUAUAUGAGGCGCAGAGCUCAGGAUCGCAUCCGAUCAUACUAUUACAAAACGAAGGAGGAGAUCAUGAAGGUCGCCGUAACGGGCGAAGCGAACAUUUUGUUGAAAACGUUACUUGAAGAAUUUAGUAGUCGGUUGAAAUACUAUUCAUACCACGGUCAUUAUUUCGACAGGACGUGCAGUAAAUUCGAACACAUGAUGAGCAUUUGCGACGCGGAGGGCAACUUCACUUGCCAGGGCCGCUGGGACAAGGCAGUUUGCCUGUACAAUCCACCUCAUUCUAUCAAUCCCUAUGCCAGCAGAGAACACAGGAUUGUUUUUCAGACUUGGAACUUGGACCACAGGAAAGAGAGAACCCGAAGUGUCAUCCCAGCAAUUUGGGAAGCGUUACUGGUUUGUAGUAAGACUCGUGAUUGCCUUGAUUGUCUGGAGAAUCACAAAAUAAAAAGCAAAGGUUCUGACAAAUUACUGGCCAUGGAAAUGAUUUAUAAUGAUUUGUUCACUCCGGUGAACCUUAAAAUUGUUCAUAUUGUUUGCCACGACAAAGGUGCGCACAAACAAAAGGCUGGACCUUAUUGGACUGAUGGGUUUUAUGACUCUGAUGAAUCCGAUUGAUUUUGCUGGUCAAAUUUCUUUCAGACUUACGAAAUUUGUAUUUGUUAUGUUAAACAUAUUCGAGACUGUUUGAUUCCGAGUGUUCCUACACCCUUCUUAUACGUAUAUACUAUACAGGGUAUGCCAGAAAUUUCAAGGACUACAGCUACUGACUUUGAUAAUACACUUUGUCUGCCAAUGACCCUGUAGUUUUUGGUGCGGCACCAGCCCUCAUAGGUCUGAUAUGGGUGUUCAGAAAUUAAAGGAUAAUCCUGCAGUUGCAUUAAAACUUAAGUUUAGUUUUUAAAGUUGUGUAUCGGUAUUUAAUUUUUUGUUAAAAGACCUGCAUUUAGUUAAUGCCGUGAAUUGAUUCGCAUAUUCUACCUAAAUAUCAACCUAAUACUGUAUUCGCGCGUCCGAAAAAUUUUCCGAGAAGAAAUGAGAUAUUGUCGCUGCAUGUAUGAGAUUUUGUUUUAUUAUAUUUCAUCUUGGAUAAUUAUUCGAGCGUGAAUUUAGUAAUAGGUUGGCUAUCUUCAGCUAGAAUACGUUAGUCAAUGUCCCGUGCUAUUUCUACAAAUAUCAACUUUGUUGGUUUUGUUUCAGAACGAUCAGAAUGAAGCAUUUCAUCCUUCCCAGUUUUACUUUUUUCCUAGAAUGCCGAGACACCUACGUAAGAAUACCAUAUAUACAAAAACCUAAACUUUAAUGAAAACCUGUUCUCACGUCUGAUUGGUAUCCUCUAAUGUAAAAGAAUCGAGUAUGAUCACUGUGCUAAAGUUGGUUGGUUAUUGGAAAUUUUUAAUGGUAUUAUUGCUGAUUCACUCUUGCAGUUCUUGCAUAUAUCAAAUAGUGGCAUUUUAUGGCUUUAAGACAAAAGGGGAAGGAUUGAUGUUGAAGGAUAAUUUAUAUUGCAUUUAUUAACGUUAUGAUCACCAUUUACUGUUACAGAUGCCUUACAUCUUUUCAAAACAAAUUGUUAUGAACAAGAAUAGGGCAUGUGUAUCAGUAAAGAUUUUUUUUAUAUCGAAGCAGCCGCGCAGGCAGAAGCCUAAAUGCCGGAACACCGCGGCUCCUAUGAUGAUCCCAACGAAAUUUUGUUAAUACGACUUUUGAACUGCCUAAGGUUAGUAGAACUGGGAAAAGCUUCCUCUUGUACAUUUUCCCACAAUUUCGGCACCCUCGGGACAAAAGAGCGGUCGUAUCGGCCAGUUCUGGAUGUACGAAGUUCGACACGGUUAGGAUGGGACGCCAAAGUCAGGCGGGUCUGUCUGGCAGGCACAUCGCGCGGCGGCAUCAUGGAAGAGAGCUCUGAGGAGCAAAGCCCGUUGGUGUAGCGAUAGAAAAGAGCUAAAUAGCCGACGGUUCGCCGGUGCGAACGAGUCCAGAGACUGUCUGUUAGAGAAGAGUCAUCGAUCAGUCGGACCGCCCUCCUCUGGACAGCAUCGAGCAUGGAUAAUGUAGUAGGGGCGGCAGCACCCCAAACGUGUGAGCAAUACUCGAGGCUAGGACUUAUCUGGGCCUUGUAUAGAGUAAGAAGGUCAUGCGGGGGGACAGGACAGCAGUGCUGUAAGGGACAGGAUGCGUGGUCAGAAAACCAUCCAGCAGGCUAUUGGCGUGUGACUAGAUGCGGGGAAAAAAGUAGUGAGUAAGAGCGAACGCUUCGACUGCAUGACCUGCUGCAUCGGUCUUGUUUGAGCCCAACCAUGGCUCAUUAUGGGCAUUGAAAUCACCGAGAAGAACGGCCUCUGAAGCGGGGUGAUUGAUGUUCAGGAAGUCGAUCUGGACGGCUAGGUAUUCGAGUAGGUCAUCCCAGUUAUGGUCCGAGGGAGAGCGAUAAAGGCAGCAAAUAAAUUUGGGUGGUGGUUUGGAGUUGAGGCGAAGCCUCAGAAUGUCCUUCCGGUCUGAUUCCAAAGAAACAUCUCUGGAGCAGGAAUGACUGAUGCGGACAAAAGCCACAACUCCCCCGUUCUUUUUCAGAUUGGAGUGGACUUCGUAAUUUGGGAACCUAAGAUGGUUAAUCGGUGCAGACUCUGAGAUUUUUGUCUCCGCCAAGAAAAGCAUGGUGGGACGAUUGGAUUGAAAGUAGUGAAUGGUGAUGAACAGCAUCAAUGUUGCUGUUGAUCCCGCAGAUGUUCGUGAAACAAAUUUUAUCUUCGAUGGUGUUCCCUCGAGUGCAUCCUCCACCCGGACAUUCUGAAAGUGGAGUGAGCUUACAUCCGGAAUUCUUAGUACUCGAGGGAUCCAUUAUCAUUAAUUUAUUUGUUUUGGAAGAUAAUCGACUGCAUAGCUUAGGUGUGGAAACAUGCGGACAUUUAUAAGAUACCCUGGGAACCCCCUCGGUCGACUGGUCCUUGUCUACCACCUUCUUUUUGCGUGUUAAUGAUAUUAAAUAGACCUAAAGUGGCCAGUUGGCGGACUUGUACCGCCACUCGGCAAUCGGUACUGAGGUAUUCCUUAACGCGUGUACAAGCACUUGAACGGGAAUAAGUUGUUGGCGAAGCCUCAGAAUGUCCUUCCGGUCUGAUUCCAAAGAAACAUCUCUGGAGCAGGAAUGACUGCUGCGGACAAAAGCCACAACUCCCCCGUUCUUUCUGUCUCAGAUUGCUAAUGAUCAUUACAGCUCUAAAUUUAAGUUAAACUAUCAUUCAACAUCAAUCCUGUCCUUUUUGCCAUAUAAUGGCACUUUCAGAUAUUUGAGAAAACGCAAUCAUCUAUUGUAACUGCAAUUAGAAGAAAAUAACAGUAAGAAUAACAAUAAUACCAUUUAAAAGUUGCCAACAACCAACAUUUUCGAAUAAUUUGCACAGUGAUCAUACUGGACUCUACCACACUCCAGGGUGUCAAUGUCAGUCAUGAGAACUGAUUUUCAUUAUAGUUUAGAAUUUGGUAUGAUUUUUAUGGGGUUUUCUUGCCAUUUUAAGGGAAAAAAUACUAGAUGGGAUGAAAUGCUUAAUUCUGAGAGUUUUAAAACAAGCCUGAAUAAAAAAGGUUGAUGUUUGUAGAAAUGGCAGGGUAUUAACUGAACUAGUCUAUCAACAAAAAAUUAAUUGCUGAACAUCUCGAGAACUAUACGAUUUCAAUAAAACAACAUUUUUCCAUAUAGUAGGUAUUUGCAGCUGCAGGAUUAUUCUUCAAUUUCUGGACACCCUGUAUAUGUUAUAAGGAGGGCCUGUUGCCGAAUUUGGUUAACACCAAAGGUUACAACUAUUGAUUCUCAAUAUUUAGCGCCACUUGCGACCUUUGGAUGGUGCUACCAUAUAAUUUUCCGCUAAUAAACAUUGACAUAUGCCAGUACUUUCCAUAAAAUAUCAGUGAGGAACUAUUAAGUUUUGAUGUUAUAUCUUGAAUCUCAAAAUUUAUCCAUUGGCACAGAUUGACCGAUUUUAAGCAAACAUUUAUUUAUGUCGGUGGAAUUUUGGAAAACCCUGUAUUUUAAUAUAUGGAUAGAUUUUCAAACACGUAUCAAUUUUUGAGUAACAUCGACGAAUUGAAGCUCCUCAAAGUUAUGGUUCACAUAACAUGCUCGUAGUUUAAGUUUUUUACAUUUUCGUUAAUUUUUGCAUUUAUUUUAUUAUGCGUUCAUGAUCUCAAAACAACGCAAUCUCCAUAAAAUUUUCAAAAACUCUUAAACAUGGGGCUCAAAUUUCAUCAUUCCGUGAAAGAUUUAAAUAUAGUUAUAUUACAUUAAUAUUUUUUAUCGGGUUUUUCAAUCUGCUUAUUUUGGGUGAUAUCAAAUAAUAAAAUUGGUCAUAUUUUGCAUCAAAUAUAAUAUGGCUAAUGAAAUCUGAAAUCCCAGCAUUACACUAAUAGAUCUCAGUUGUUUGAGAGUAAAAAAUACAAUUAUAAAAUAUCGACAUAUAAAAAAUAAAAGUAUGGGCAGAAACUGAACUAUCAAACCGUAUGUUGUCGUAUUAAACAAUUUUUAUAUGAAUAUUCUUCGAUUUAUUAGUGUUGAAUAUAUUACAGCAAUUUUUAUCUUGUAAGUUUCAGUAUUACCUUUCUACUAUUCAUCUUACUGUUAAAAUUAUAUGUAAUGUUGAAUUUUGUGAUAAUUUGUCAGGAAAACUACCACUACCACUUAAGUAGAAAUCAAAAUAUAUUCUGAAAUGUGAUCGUGUUACCAAAAAAUGUGCUAUUCGUGUAACGCUAUAUCUCUAGAUGGAUCUAUACCAGCUUGAAGUAGACGCUAGAUUAGGUAAAAAAUGCUGUUCAAUAUCAAUGUGAGAGUUACACUAUUAGAUAAACGUUUCUGUUAGAAUGUAAGAAAAGAUAUUUUUGGAAACGAUUUGGUUACAAAAAUGAUAUUUUUAUAGCAUCGCUUCAGAAGAAGAUGGGUGAUUCAGUUGUGGUCUUUUAGACGUAUUAAGACUCGGGUGAUAUCUAUUGAUAAAUUUCGAAAAUGUGACAAAGCGCGUUGUUGAAACCAUGGCUUUUUUUGGGUAGAAACGAAUAGGCAGGAAGAAUAUUGGAACUAAACAAAUCGUAAAUAACCUAAAGGUAUGUAACGUAAAUAGAGUUUAAGUAGUUAAAACCCUUUUACACUGUAGGCUCAGUAUGUCAAGAAUAUGAUGCAUGUUUGAAUUGAUAGUAGGCGUGCCUAAGAGGCUAAGUGACAGAAAAAAAAAGGUUACAGGUUCACUGGUUAGAAGUUACAUGGAAAUACUCGAGUUAGUAUGGUGGGGGUGGCUGAAGGGAAGGGUAGAAAAUUGGAAACAAAAGAACAUGUUAAGCAAACCAAAAGAAGAAUCUAUUCAAAAGACCGAUGGUUCGGAUGCGACGUAAGUUAAUGGCGGGCUAUUGAUAAUGCAAAAAAUCACCCUUUCUAAAAUAGUCGAGCGCCUCAAAUUACUAUACAGACUAUUCAGCUAGAUGACCUAGCGGUGCUCACUCAUAACCUGAGGAUCAUUUGGCGGGAUUAUGUUAAUCUGACAAUUUAAAAAAAAGCUUUCAAGUUUGAAUGUAAUAGGAAAUUUUUAAAUGAUCAAAACUGUUUUAAAUUAAAAUGCCAGCUGACAAUGAUGAUUGUCUUUAAAGUGAAUCUUUUCGGAAAAAAACAUCGUUUCAACGGCAAAUACAUGUUAUAAAAAUAUGCUAAAAUGCAAUUAGACCUGUAAAUACCCCAAACAUUUCACGUUGACCACCUUUUCCAGUACGGUUUUUAUGAUCUACAAACAGGAAGAUGUCAUUCGAAAGUCUCCCCAGAAUUGUCCGGUGCAUUAUCGCAUUCCGCUACACUUUCUUGUUCUAGCUUUUGAAGAUUAGAGGAUAUUUUAUUUGCAUAAGUUCAAUAUUAUCGUACGUUGACCGUUGUUUUCUGAGUUUGCGGUUUGCUACGACGACAUUCCAAAAUCGCAAGGCAUUUUUUCUGUGUUUCUGAUGUAAAUAUAAUAAUUUUUUUAAAUGUGUUUCUCCCGCGAAAUACACAUUUAAAUAAUUAUUACUCAUCGUCGUAGUAGAUAUCAUUCACUAUAGACCAAUUACUAGAUAUUGACUGUUAGAACAGGUAGAGCUAGCGAACCGCGGAGGGAGGAAUAAGGCUCUAGUGCAGCUGCAUGGACAAAACUUUUUUGACCAUUUUCUCACAUUUCGGCUUGUUGAAAACAGCAGAGUUAAUAAUAUAUAUUCCGUUAUUCUUGAAUUUCUUUCUUUAAAAUUAAGAAAGAAUCGACAGCGUUUGAAAAUGUCAAGAUGACUUUUUUUGGAAGUUUGUGACCCUCCCACUCCCUUACGUCACACCCAAAUCGUCAGAUUAUUGGUUGAUUUAUUUUCAGCAUGUAAUUCACCCACCUUAUAUUAGUCUGACGUGCUCGACUAUUUUUAACGAUAUAUUUCUGAUCAGCUGCUUAUAUACAUAUGGUAAAGGUACUCAACAGGAUAGAAAAUCCACUUUUGGGCUCACCUACUAUGAAUAAUACACCGUUGUGGCAAUAGCAAAUACACAAUACUUUGAUAUCAAAUAAAGGCUAACCUUAACAUUAACGUAUGCGAUAAUUGUAAUUACCAAUACUCUUUAUCAUAUAUGUAAUAGGUUAGUUGAAAACCCUUUAUGUUUUGUAGCUUACAUUUCCAAGUUCAGACGUUGUGCAUUGCAAGUUGCCUUGUACAUUUUUGAACACACACGGAGCCUAUAUACCAAGAUCUAUGUAAAGCCCUAAAUAAGUAAAUAUUGUAAUCAACCAUGUUAUCUAGCUUUUUUCGUACCAUGUAAAACAUGGUAAGUACAUAAAGUUACAGCUAUAGGGUUUAGGUGCCAAAACCUGUAUCACUACUUCAGUUCUAUAAUAACAAUUUUACAGUAUUACCUAAACGUUAUAAAUCAAUAUUUUUCUAAAGAAUUCGCAGAAAUAGAGUUGAGUCCCAAAUUCAACUUUUGCACCAAAUUCUGUAGUUUUACGAAAGCUUAAUAUUUAAAUAUUACUAGCUGACAAGAUUCAACAUGAAUAUGGAAAUGUUGUAAACCUGAAUAUUUAUAACCUUUAGCGCUGCCAAGUUAACUAUAGUGUAUUUAACUUACUGUAGAUCUCUUAUUUUAGGGAUAAAGGUAAUCUAUUUUUAUUAUCGUAUGUGACAUCGUGGAAAGAGAUUUCUAUAAAAGCAUUAGGCAUGUUUUAACAAUUUGGGAUAUUUUUCGAACUUGAGUUAUGACUUCUCAUAUUUCAUAAUUCCAUGAAAGUUGACGUUUUCUACAUGAAUGAUGGAUAUUUUCUCAACAGAAAAAAAUAUUAUCAAAAUCUAUUUUCUAAAAACUGUUACUGUUGUUCUACAUAUAUAUAUACACAACAUAUGUAUACAAGUUAUUGUGAUUCAGAUAGCGAUUGAAACAGAUCAUUUGUAAAACUGCUAAAGUUUGAUGUAUACCUUUAACUGAAUUGAGUGUGACAAUAUUUUGGGUUGUCUGUAUUUUAUGUUAUCAAUCAUUUGCUCAAUUGAACAAAUAAACUGUUUCUAAGCAGACUGUGUUUAUAAUUUGAUAUCCCUUCCCCAUUUAUAUGUUCAGAAUACAUAUAGUUUGCGUAAGCUAUGCAGUAUCAAAUAUAUAGAGUUAUAAUUCUUGUACAGGGUGUCCCGGUAUAAACUGACGCCCCUUUAACUUUUUUGUAUGUCCG